GGCCCAGCCCGGUCCCGCCCCGCCCCCACCUGCGCCGCCCGCCCGCUUCCCGGCACCUGCUGCGCGCUGCUCGGCGGGACCGCGAUGGAGCCGCUGCUGCUCGCGGCGCUGGCCGCGCUGCUGGGUCUCUCAUCAGCACUGCUGGAAAUGCAUGUAGGAAACGUCUCUGUCUCUUCAGUUCGAGGGCAGCAAGUGGUGCUGCCAGUCUGGUAUAAGAGCAGCUCUCAGAAGAAACCCUAUAUCUUAUGGGUCUUCGAAAGACCUGGAGCCAGUCGAUUGCAGAUAUUGACAUAUAUUAAUGGAAUUAUAAAAGUGGAAGAUACAUCCCUGAAGCAUCGGAUUGGUUUUGUGCACCCCGUGCCACACUUUAAUGUUUCCAUUUUUAUCAACAAUACCCAGGAGGUAGAUUCUGGCCAGUACGUGUGCACAGUCAAUGUGGAGGAUGAUAGCGCCAUCGAUGGGAAAAAUAUUGGACUCCUCAAUCUUACAGUUUUGGUUCCUCCAUCUGCUCCGACAUGCCAGAUCCAUGGGAGCCCCUACGUCGGGGGCAACAUCACCAUGAGCUGCAAGUCGCCCUACGGCAAACCUAUCCCCAAGUACCGAUGGGAACGCACUGCACCCACAGCCCAGCACUUCAUCGAGCCAUUUCAGGACCCCAUAAGUGGGAACCUCAUGUUGAAAAAUCUUUCAAGAGAGAUGUCUGGAACGUACGUCUGCACAGCAAAAAACAAUGCUGGUAUCUCCAAGUGCAACAUAACCCUGGAGGUGAAUUCAUACAACAAUGCAGCUGUGAUCGCUGGAGCUGUCGUGGGGUGUCUCAUUGGAAUUGGCUUAAUCACCGUGUGCAUUCUGCAAUUUUUCGUGUGCCGAAAGAAAAAGAAAAAUACACAGGAGGAAAUGGCCAAUGAGAUCAAGGAAGAUGCUGUUGCUCCAAAGACACUUUCUUGGGCUAAAGGUUCUGGUUCAGACACUGUCUCCAAAAAUGGUACCUUGUCUUCAGUGAACACAACUCGGGACCACAAAUUGUACAUGUCCAAGCCUGUCUCAGACACAGCCUCCAUCAUCACUGCUGCUGGCAGCACUGUGGGCUACAAGCCCCAGUACACCACCCUAAGGAGUGGAACUCUAACACCCACUCCCAGCUUAUCCAGCCAGUCCCUGCCUCUCUAUUUCCCCCCUGUGAUGAAUGGCAACCAUUACCAGAACACUGUGCCAAGCAACAGAAAUGCUCUCCACAGGACAAAUGGACCUCAGCUACAGCCCCCCCAGCAAGAACCUGCUGUGCCUCAAGGGCUCACCACCUCCACCCUUGCCAGAAUGGGUGCAGUGCCAGUCAUGGUACCGGCCCAGAGUCACGCAGGGUCACUGGUGUAAGCAUCCAACAGCUGUGCACCCUCUGUACAGAGAAAAGGGUCUGCAAGUGGCCAUUUAUCCUUACCAAAGUGAACAGUUGGGAAACAGAAGGGCAAAGCCACUUGCUUCCUGCUCCAUGCUCAUGCAUAUAUGAGGUGUGUGACGGGAGCAGUUUACAUGGCAUUUGUGUACAGAAAUUCCCAAGGAACAGGCUGCCUUAGACACCCUCUGGACACAGCAAAUUCUCCUGCAGCCUCACACACAGCACUCCUCUCCCCAAAAACUCUUCCCCACCCCCUGCUCCCUCCCUAUGCUAUUGCCUUAGCACUAGGGCCCACCUGCUUCCCUCCUCUGGUGGGAGAGUUUAUUUAUUGAAGAAAUAUGGCUGGUAUGCGUGUGGUUAUUUCCCCUGCUUUGGGCAGCAGCUCUUUUGGCUUUUUGGCAAAGGCUGUGACCAAAGGGCUUGAAAAAUGCUCUUGAUAGUGCUGAGAAUUUGGGAGCUGCUUGGCCAAUAGCCACCAUGGUAUCCAAGCUUCAGUUUCAGCCUUUGUGAACUCCAAGAUAUGACCCCUCCUCCCCAUGGUGCCAUUUUGUCUGUUAUAGGAGCAUUUACCCACUGCUAGCAAAUUGUGCUCACACCCGGUGCAGAGAGCAGGCUUGUCGUGAGUGGAGUUGGGCCCAAGUGGAGCUUCUGGCUAGGAAGGAACCUGUCCAAGCCUGGCUCUGAGCAGCCAUACAGUGCUGGGAGUCUGUUUGCUGGGGGAGAAGCAUUAUAGUACAGAUUCCCCUAUAGUACAGUCUUCAUCCCCAUCACUAACCAGAUUAAGGCACUGGGCCUAACUGCAUCAUGCCUGCUAGCUAGAGCUGUUAUGAAGGGGUAUCACUGUGAUAGUGUCUGGUGAUGGUAGCUGCCAUGAAUCCCACCCUCUGCCUGGUAAAGCUGGAGAACACCCCUUCUCUUCACCCAUGUACCCCCAAUUGCUUGUAUACUCUAGCAGCUUUAGGUCUCUGGCUAGCAGGGGUCACACUUUCCUCUCUCAUCUCUCACUAUCUGAAUCCCCCAGUCUGUGUCCCCUGCCCCAAUACCUGAUGCAGGCAGCAGCAGCUCACCUGGGACUUGUACACUCCUUCCUCAACACUGUGGAGAGCUGCACUUUGCAAAGAGCCCAAGCCCCCAACAACCAAAGUUGUACCCUGCCUGAGGGGAACAAGGCCUCUAUGUCUUCCCACCAGGAGAGGGUCAUGAACUUGUGCUACUAACCCAAGCAAAACGUUCUAGAGUAACCUUGUAGUCUAACAGUCUAACCAUUGUUCUUUUAAGGACACCUUCAGCAUUUUGAUUCAUAUUAUGCUAAUGAUUAUAUUUGUUUAUUUAAUGGACUCCUUAAACCUUGUGUAUUUUGCUUUUUUGGGUAGGAAAUAAUUUUAUCCCCAUAGCUACUAACUGCUCUUCCCACCCUGUCUCUCUCUGGUUGUUGUUGUGCUGGCUAUUUUUAGAUGUCAGCCAGAUCCUUCUGCUGGGUGGGAUGGGGAAGGCGCUGAGAGAUUAUUUUUAUGUACAAUUUUAAAAUGUAAUAUUUUUCAUAAAUGGUCAUUAAAAUAUUUGGUUUUUAUAUUUAAA